GGCAACAGAGGAGGAGUUUGCACUUCGACCCGUGACCACAUCGGCGGAAAUGAGGAACUAGGAAGUCGACUUCAGGGCUGAUGUGGAAUACCACACACACAUUUGUUUAAGAUGAAUUAGUGUCGCUUACAGCAACUUAUUCAUUUUCAUUCACCACAGAUACCGAUUGGCAUAAGCGGUCAUCCCACAUGCAGUGGCGACGCUAGCUUGUUCGAGAAAGAUGCUUCAGAGGUGACCUAAAUUGGAGUGGGGUGAAUGUGUGGGGUGUUUGCCGAGAGUAACUUUUGAUUUUUAUGUACUCUUGGUCACUCAUUUCCUGUGAUUAGAAGCUAAACAAAAUGCCUCGGCCAAAUUGACGUAAGACAAAAUCCAUAAUUUUACACUUGAAGUCAUCAUGUCAUUGGGCGAACAGUCACAGAAGUGGUUUCCAACUCACGUCCAAACCACUGUUCUUCAAGCCACAGACCUGCAACCAAAGGGCAAGAAUGGCACCAACGAUGCCUACACCAUCAUCCAGCUGGGCAAAGAAAAGUACUCCACAUCAGUGUCGGAGAAGACCCUCAGCCCGGUGUGGAGGGAAGAGGCUUCAUUUGAACUGCCAGGGCUGCUGAUGGAGAGCAAUCCAGAGGUGUAUGAGCUGUGCCUCACAGUCAUGCACAGGUCCCUGGUUGGAUUGGAUAAAUUUCUGGGCCAAAAAAUCAUCAACUUAAAUGAGAUAUUUGACAACAAGGAACGGAGGAAAACUGACUGGUACACGCUAGACUCACGGCCAGGUAAGAAGAGGAAAGACCGAGGCAAGAUUCAAGUUAGCAUUCAGUUCGUGCGGAACAACAUGACCGCCAGCAUGUUCGAUUUGUCUAUGCGAGACAAACCCAGAUCACCGUUCUCCAAGCUCAAGGAAAAGAUGAAGGGUCGCAAGCACAACGGUGCCUUUUCAGACACAUCUUCCGCCAUCCUUCCUCGCUCAGGACAGAGCGAGACUGAUUCUCUGCCAGACCAGCACCCGCACCCUCACCCUCAGGCUGCACCUGAACCCAAGCCAAAACGCUCGCUGCUCACUGGGACGCAGAAACUUUCUUCUGCUCACUCCAUGUCUGAUCUGAUAGGAACUCACUUCAGGCCCAAACUCAACUCCAUGAACUCUAUUGAGGAGAAAGGGGUUGCUGCAUCUCACAGACACUCUCAGAGUGAUGGAUAUGGUUGCCCAACCAGCGACGUUCCAUGUGACCCCUUUUCCGACAUCGGAGACAACAUGCCCCAGAAAUUUGCCACUCUCCCACGCAACCGCAAUCCCUUCGAGGGAGAUCAGGGGAUGCUGUGGGGGGCAGAGAAGAGAGAGAAGAAGGUCGGUCUUCUGGGCAGAGUGACUGGGAAGAAGGAAGGAAAGAAAACGGCCACUGGAAAGCGAACAGGAAGCUCUGGAGACCUGCGAUCUCCAAACCCCUUUACCAGUGAAAGCAACCCUUUCCUCUCACACUACAGAUCCAGUGACAACAUGAGAAAUCCCACUAGUACUGAGGACCUUACACAGAGAUUCAAAACCUCUCCUGAAAAGAAGCACGGCAUGAAUAGUGCAAGAGAGCGUGAGCCUGAACAUCUGCAGACGAAUAUGGCGGCCUACAACAAUCUCUCCUUUGCAGAAGUUGUGCAAGAGCUCAUCAAGCAGAAAGAGGUGGUGAGAAAGAAAGAUGCUCAUAUUCGGGAGCUGGAGGACUACAUUGAUAACCUGCUGGUCAGGGUAAUGGAAGAGACACCCAGCAUCCUGAGAACACCCUAUGAGCCCAAGAGAAAAGCUGGGAAGAUCUCAAAGAAGUAAAGGAUCUCCAAAGCAUGGUAUAACUGUUUUCUGGCAAAAUAUGAAUUGCUUGCAAAAGGACAAUGGAAUGUCAUCUCUGAUAAGCCAAGUGUAUUUGUUCACACACAGACAGAUUUCUUGCCAUAAAGUUACUCUAGGUUUGCAAGAACAACCGGAUAUAUUGUGAAGAAAGAUGGGCACUAAAUGUGGAGAUGCCAAACCCCCUUUUUUAGAUUUUUCCAUUACUUUAUUUAGAUUUUUUUAAAGAAUCUUUUGAGCUGUUGACUAAUACUUUCGAGUAAAACGUUUUUGAAAAUCAGUCAGUAUAACAGAAUUGAGCACUUAAUACUCUCACUGUGUUUUGCGAUGAUCACUGGGGUGGACUGUCCAUAUGAGGCCUUUAAUUUGCUGUGACUGAAUUCACACUUCAAAAGCUGUACCAGAUCAAUUGACCACAAAUGUGUGGUGAAGCAAGGAAACACUUGGAUGGCACCAUGGGACAUAAAGAUGAUUGUUUACUGCAUGUUCUAGCACCGGAGCAUAUUGGGUUCGACAGGGUAACUCUCCUGUCACUUUUGAGUGAUCAGACUCAUGAUAUUGGCAUGUGUUUGGUGCCAUAUUGAUACGUUACAAGACGUCGGUACUGAAAACUUUUGGUACUUUUUUUCAAAGCAUAUGUCUAUAAAAAAAAAUACACUCAGAAUUACACUACCAAUAUUUAUUUUGAGCUUGACUGCAAUGAGCAAAUGUGUAUGUGUGAAUAACACUGUUCACUUUUUAAGUCUAAAAAACAAUCUGCCUGUUAUAUACAGCGAUGACAGAAGUGUAGAAAUGAGCAUCCAGACUCCAAAGGCUUCAUUGUGAAUGUCCUUCAGUUGAUCUGGAAUGUACUGAUGCUGAAUUUCUUUAGUGUACCGCAGGACUGUCAAAAUGUGUGGGCUGCCUACAGUUGACUACACCAAAGGUUUGUUGAUUAAACUUAAGCUAGCCGGUCAGUCAAUCAAGCACAUAAGUAUUAUAUAGCCCCUUUUUAAUUUCUAAUUUUACCAGAGCAAGUCUAGCCCAUGCGUAUUUAAAACCAUAGCAAAUAACUGAUUAAUUUGGCACGUCUGGAUGCCUCACAAUGGAAACAUUUCAGUCGGUUUGAUUCAUUACAAUGUAUAGCAUGUUUUGUGAUGAGCGAUGUAGACAAAAACUAGCUGAAGAACAAUUGUUUACAGAUUGCUUUAUAGAUUCAAGGCAGUACUCUUUGACAUUGUACUGCUUUCCCAAUACUUUUCUUGUAGGACACUUCUUAUAGUGUUGAUUUUUUCUAGUGAGAAAAUUACAUUGGCUAUCAUUCUUGGUAACGCAGCAUAUAUUUUGCACCCUGGGCUGUUACACUGGAGCGUCUGUGUAGUGAAAUACUGUACAGCAGUGGUACAUGUGUGCCCCGCAUACUUAAAAAUGUACAUUUGAGAAAACUAGAACGAUUGUAGUCUGUAAAAUGACCCAUUUUAAUAUGUUAGCCCUUCAUGUGACGAACGAAACAAUUCUUUAGGCCAUAAUAUCCCUUUUUGAUAUUUUUAAGACACAAU